AUAUAGCAAUAUAGCAUAAUUUCAUUGUCCUACUGAUGCGUCUUCCCUCUCUUCACGGGAAGAAGAUGAAGAAGCAAUAGAAGUCCACAAAGUACUACGCUCACAUGUUUUGUUUCUUGUGCUUUUCCGCCCACCACACCCAUCAAGUUGGUGUUCUUCUGCAUUUCAAAAACCCUUAUUUACUAGCAACUACAUGAUAUCUAGCAACUGAAACGAACAGCUAAGAGAAAUGACAAAUCCGUCGCGAUUUAUACCUUCAAAUUGCCAAACUGAUUAGCCUUCCCCGGUUGUUCUUUUGCUUAGAUAGGCGCCCACAGUAAUGCAUGGGUUGUACAUUUUUGUCUUUUUAUAGAUUUUAUCUAAGAGACUAAGACCAAGAAUACCUACGGUUCAUGGAAUCUGCAUUCAUAUUCAUUCUUCAUAACCUUUAUAUAUCUUAGUUUCGAGUUGCAUUGCCCUAUUGCAUCAAUUUGUGGCCUAUACUGGCGCAAGUCAGGAGUUCAACCAAAAUCAUGAACAGGGUUUCAUUUCCUUGCCUCGUUCUUGUUCUGGCACUUGUUUUCGCGUGUAGAUCAUCAGCAGCUUUUAAUUUGAGCAUGGGAUCCUCUCUUUCAGUCGAAAAUCCAUAUCAAACUUUAUUGUCGCCAGACGCAGUUUUCACCGCUGGUUUUUUUCCGGUCGGUGUAAACGCGUUUUGCUUCGGAGUAUGGUUCUCGGAGCCGUCAACCAGUACUCAUAACCUCACCGUGGUGUGGAUAGCAAAUCGUGACGAGCCGGUCAAUGGUCAACACUCCAAGCUCACCCUGCACAAGAACGGAAACCUUGUUCUUUCCGACCUCAACCGGUUCACCGUGUGGUCCUCCAACACAGCUUCAAACUCGUCGGCGCACUUGCACCUCAGAAACACCGGCAAUCUUGUUCUCUUUGCCGCGAGGCACAACGUCGUUUUGUGGGAAAGCUUUUCUUCACCGACGGACACACUUUUGCCUCAGCAACUGUUCACAAGAAACACACAGCUCAUUUCCUCAAGAAGCGUCACCAACUAUUCCUCUGGCUACUACUCAUUUUACUUCGACAAAGACAACACUCUUCGUAUUCUCUACACUGGCCCCGAUGUUUCAAGCCUUUUUUGGUACGAUCCAUGGCUUCUGAGUUAUCAAGCAGGAAGAUCCACAUAUAACAACACUCGUAUUGCAACUUUUGACAGCUUGGGAAGUUUCACUUCAUCAGAUAAUUUGAUCUUUUCGACAAUUGAUUACGGUGCAAAAUUGCAGCGAAUAUUCAGGAUGGAUCCUGAUGGUAAUCUCCGAAGUUACAGUCGAAAGGGGCUAGGAGAUGAAUGGAAUGUUACAUGGGAAGCAGUUUUACAACCAUGUAAAAUUCAUGGCAUUUGUGGAGCUAAUAGCUAUUGCAGUUAUGUUCCUAGUACAGGUAGGAAAUGCUCAUGUCUGCCGGGUUAUAUAAUGGUUCGGAAUACUGAUUGGUCUUAUGGGUGCAAACCGGCUGGUUUUAGUCUGUCAUGCAAGAGUAAUGCAAAGAAAGAGUUUGGUUUUGUUCACCUUCCACGUAUUGAAAUGUAUGGGUAUGAUUACGGCGUCUAUGGGAACUACACAUUAGAUCAGUGUGAAAGUUUGUGCCUAGACUUGUGCAAUUGUACUGGCUUCCACUACAAAUUUGGAGAUGGUCAGUAUCAGUGUUAUCCUAAGGCGCAACUGCGAAAUGGGUACCGAUCGCCUGCCUUUGUUGGGGACCUGUAUGUGAAGCUACCGAAAGGCCUCCUCAAUGCUACCUUUAGAGAUCCCAACAACAUGUGCUCAGCCAAACUUACGGAACAGCUUGACAGAACAUAUGAAAGAAGUAAUCCGAAUGGAUCGAUCCAGUUUAUGCUUAAAUUUGCAUCUGCUUUGGGAGGAUUAGAGGUUGUUUGCAUCUUUGUUGUGUGGUUUUUUGUGACAAGAAGAAGCAGCGGAGAUAAAAAGGAUUCAGAGUUGGAAGUACUUGCUCAAGGCUACCUUCAAGCUGCCGGUGGAUUCAGAAGGUUUACUUACUCCGAGUUGAAGAAGGCCACAAAAGGUUUCAAAGAAGAGAUUGGCAGAGGAGGAGGAGGAGUUGUGUACAAAGGCAUAUUGUCUGAUCAGCGAGUUGCAGCGAUCAAGCAGCUGAAUGAUUGUAAUCGAGGGGAAGCAGAGUUCCUUGGUGAGGUAAGCCUUCUUGGCAAGCUCUACCAUAUGAAUUUGAUUGAGAUGUGGGGGUAUUGCGUGGAAAACAAGCAUAGACUCUUGGUGUAUGAGUACAUGGAGCAUGGUUCCUUGGAGAAAAAUCUAUCUUCGGAUGUGCUUGAUUGGAGAAAGAGAUAUGAGAUUGCUCUAGGGACAGCAAAAGGCCUUGCUUAUCUCCACGAGGAGUGCUUGGAAUGGGUUUUACACUGUGAUGUUAAGCCUCAAAACAUACUCUUAGACUCCGAUUACAAUCCAAAGGUUGCGGAUUUCGGGCUGUCAAAGCUAUUAAACAGAAGUGAGCACACCAGCUCGGAGUUCUCGAGGAUUAGAGGAACCAGAGGUUACAUGGCUCCAGAGUGGGUGCACAACAUGCCCAUCACUUCCAAAGUGGAUGUUUACAGUUAUGGGAUUGUUGUAUUAGAGAUGCUCACCGGAAAGAACCCAACUGAAAGUAAUGUUCAGUGGGAUGAAGGUGGAGGCGAAACAUACAAGAAAAUUAUAGUACAAUCGGUGAUGGAAAAGAUAAAUUUAGCAGCGCAUCAUGCAGAGACCAAUAUGGGAGGUGAAGAUGAAGAGAAGCUAGAAAUUCUUGUUGAGGUGGCACUCCAGUGCAUACAGGAAGACGGAAAUGCAAGACCCUCUAUGAGUCAAGUAGUAGAAAUGCUUCUACAUCGUGAAUUCUAG